AUGAAGUUUGGAAGAAAUCUUCCACGUAACCAAGUCCCCGAGUGGGCAUCGUCGUACAUCGACUAUAAGGGUCUCAAGAAGUUGAUCAAGGCAGCCGCGGAGGUCAGCGCAAAGGCAGGCAACAAAGCCGAUUUAGCAGAGUUCUUUUUCGCAUUGGAUCGUAAUCUUGAAGAUGUCGACACAUUUUACAACAAGAAGUUUGGCGAAGCACAUCGACGACUGAAGCUACUCCAAGACCGGUACGGCAGGAGCCCAGAUGUCGUUCCCGAUUUGGACGAUGACGAAGUCGAAGAGCUGAUGGGAGCUCUCUUAGAGCUUCGAAACCAGUUGAGGAAUCUCCAAUGGUUUGGCGAGAUCAACCGGAGAGGCUUUGUCAAGAUUACCAAGAAGCUAGAUAAAAAGGUUCCUGAUACGACUACUCAGCACCGAUAUAUCACAACAAAAGUCGACCCUAAGCCAUUUGCCAAGGACACGACUAUUGCCCGACUGGUUUCGGAGAUUAACAAAUGGCUUUCCGUCUUGGGCGACUCGCAAAACCUGGACGAUUCGAAAUCCGAUAGGUCUGCGAGAUCAGUCCGCUCAUUAGGACGAGCAUCUGCGAAAGUGAUGCUGAGCGUGCCACAGUCUGUCUACGACUCACUGGAGCAGGCCAUCAGGAAUGAUGAUGUAGCGAGGCUCCAGUCCAGUUUGCAGGAAGGAAAUUUGGUUUCCCCAGAACCGUCUUCCCAGGCCAUGCUUCUGAACUUCCUGCAGCGAUCCAUAUCUUCGCGAUCGAAAGCCUGCAUCGCUUACCUACUACAGCAGAUUACGUCACUUGAUGAGGCAGACGACUUGAACGAGCGAAACUGUAUCCACCGCUUGGUUAUUCACAUUGGCCGGACCAAGUCCGCUAAUGAGGGUGAUCUAGAGCCCAAUGCGGUCCCGUUCCCUGUGAGCUCACAUUACAGCAGUCAUUAUGUUGCGCCCACACCACCGCCACAGAACGGUGCGGCGAAACUACUUGGCAAGGACGAUGGAGCCGUACAGUUGCUAAGCUAUUUGCUUAACAGUCUUCAACGUGAGCAGCGUUCGGCACUUUCCAAAAGAGAUUCGCUUGGUCGUCUCCCUUUGCACUACGCCGCUCAAUUUGGCUUCGUUAUUUUGUGUGAGAUUAUCAUGGCCAAAAUGCAAGAAUGGGAUCAAUUUCACGUCGGCAGCGGAAUUGAUGGCCUCGAGUGGCAAGACAAAGAAGGCAAUGCACCGCUGCACCUUGCUGUUAUUGGUGGCCAUCCACUGACAACAAAAGCUCUUCUUCUUGGAGAAGACUGGCGUGGAGAAGCCGGCGCCAUUGUCAAGCAUCGUGGUCCUGUGUCGCAGUCGAGCGUUGUCCUGGCUAUUGCAACAAAGUCCAAUUUUGCUUCAAUCGUCAAGAUGCUUGUCGAAGCUGGCAUCAAUAUCGACUGGCAGGAUGAGACCGGUGAGACUUCCCUUCACAUUGCCGCACGUUUCGGACACAUGGAGUGUGCAAAGAUCUUGAUCGAAGGCAUCGCAGGCCACAAAGCCAAUCUCGAAUUGACUGAAAAAUCCUUUGCCUGGACGCCUUUGCAUAUUGCAGCCGUGGACGGUCAUUUUGAGGUCGCUCAGCUUCUUUUAGAUGCCGGCUCCCAGGCCGGAAAGAUGGACUCUUUUGGAUGGACCGCCAAGGAACAUGCAGCCCUUCGAGGUCACAUAAAUAUCGCCAACCUGUUGCUUGCCUACACAAAAGACGAGGAGCUCAAGCCCGAGGCCGAAGAAGAGGAGGAGGAUGAAACUGCUGGAAGGAGUCCAUCGCCUCAAGAGACCUCUUCGCUCGAAGACAGACGGUCUAACGGUAGCACACGGGUUGCUGAGCCUAUGAAAUCCUUUGGACAUCGUUACCUCAGGGAUACCAGCCUGGUCAUGGUUAGUCUAGGCUCAAUGGACAUGCGCAAAGGGAUUGAUGCCGUCAAGUUGGACCGCGUUCCGCUGGCCGAAGCCCACACCAAUCAGCUGGACACUGCUCUUAGUAUAGUGGUGUCUGCUUCUGGUGCGCAGGGCGACCCAACUAUCGUCGAUCUUCCGGUACACGAAAACAUAUCGACUGAGCCGAUUCUGUUUCAUACCACAGAUAUCUCAAAAGUGAAGCUUAUGUUCGACAUCGUUCCAACCUACUCUGGUAAUGAGAAGAACAAGGUCGGUCGAGCCGUUGCCCUGCUUUCGUCGAUUAGGCCAACCCUUGGAACGCAUCGUAUGAACCUUCAGGGUGACGUGUGUGUACCAAUCAUGGCCGCAAAUCUUGAGGUUAUCGGCACGGUGAACUUCAACUUCUUGGUCAUCACUCCAUUCUCCCAUCCUCGAAUGGAAAUCACUUCCCAGCAAACCUACUGGAAGAAAAUGUCUUCAACCAUGGUAAUUGGCCACCGCGGCCUGGGCAAAAAUGUUGUCACAAACAAGUCUUUGCAGCUCGGCGAAAAUACAGUCCCCUCCUUUAUUGCUGCUGCCAACCUAGGCGCCAAUUAUGUGGAAUUCGAUGUGCAGCUUACUAAAGACCAUGUUCCGGUCAUCUACCACGAUUUUCUCGUAAGCGAAACUGGUAUAGAUGCUCCGGUACAUACAAUGACUCUGGAACAAUUCCUCCACAUCAACCCGGAACGUGGUGAUCACCCCACAGAGCUGCGCAAACGUGACGUUGAUGAAGUUCGUGGCAACCAACCUGGACCACGCUCCCGCUCGCUGAGCAUGGGAUUUGCCGGCGACGGCAACAACGAUUCCGACAACCGUAUGAAGCAUACACGAGACUACAAGGCAAAGGGGUAUAAAGGCAACCAGCGGGGCAAUUUCAUCCAAGCGCCCUUUGCCACGCUCGAGGAUCUUUUCAAGAACCUCAAAGAAGACGUUGGUUUCAACAUUGAGAUGAAAUAUCCCAUGCUCCACGAGACCGAGGAGCAACACAUGGACACAUAUACAGUUGAGAUCAACUCGUUCUGUGAUACAGUGCUGAGCAAGGUCUAUGACUUGUCCAAGAACCGGAACAUCAUCUUCAGUAGUUUCAACCCCGACAUCUGCCUGUGUCUUAGUUUCAAGCAGCCCAGUAUCCCCAUUAUGUUCUUGACGGAUGCCGGUUGUGCCCCUGUCGGUGACAUCCGAGCAAGCAGUUUGCAAGAGGCGAUUCGAUUUGCCAGUCGAUGGAAUCUGCUUGGCAUCGUCAGCACUUCACAGCCAUUUGUCAACAGUCCCAGACUUGUCAAGGUGGUGAAACAAAGCGGUCUGGUUUGCGUGAGCUACGGUGCUCAGAACAACGAUCCUAUGCUUGUACAGCGACAAGUACAGGAAGGUAUAGAUGCUGUCAUCGUGGACAAUGUCCUGGCCAUCCGCAAAGGCUUAACCGAUGAUGAAGAGAAGAAGAGGCAAAGAAAGCUUGAGAAAGCUGCGGCCCUCAACGGCCUUCAGAAUGGGUUGCGAGGUGUGGCUUUGGACGAAGUCAUUUAG